UAGUUUCCGUCAGCCGGGUGACGUCUCCGCCUCUCAGCCCCGUGUGCAGUGUGACGUUACCGGGCUGUAGUGGAGCCUCUGGCUGCAUCUUGUUGACGCUCCGCCAGACUUUUCCAGUACCGAGGAGACCCCGAGCGAGGGAGGACGACACACGCAGAGACACUGACACACACUCCGCGACCAGGCAAUGGAUCAGAACUCAGAGAACUCCAAUCACAAUCAUGCUUGUGUCUAACAACCAGAAGAUUUGUGUCGUUUAAAAAGACUCCGGGAGGAAAAACAAAAGACUCAGAGGAAUACAAGAAGUCAGUCUGCUGACAGAAACAACAAUAACCCAGUGCUCAGACAUGGCUAGUACCCAGACCAGUUUGAAAACCCCUUUCAAAGACUUGACCUCGUUCAAGGGCAACAUGAAACGGCUGUACAGAGAGCGACUGGAAGACGCACCAAUCAAGAAGCGCGUGAUGGCAGAGAUCAACCUGAAGCGUCGCAGCUUGGAUUCCCUCCCCAAAACUCCCAAGGUGAAGAGGGAGCAGACUGAGGAUCUGUGCCACGAAUCUGACAUGGAUGUGGCAGCCCGAGCUGAAUUACACAUGGUGGGCUCUGCUAAAGCCCUGGACCUGAGCCCUGGGCUCAAACACACACUGGCCCAGUUCACCCUAAGCAGCCAGAGCUCGCUUGGGGGCCCUGCUGCCUUCUCAGCCCGCACCGGCCAUGAGCAGUCUCCAGCUGGCAUGCCCCCCCUACCAUCCCCUCCUGUUCUAGGAGGGGGCCCUCUGCUGGUACCCUGUGACAGCUCCACUGAACUCACCCACUCCCUUCUGGAGGGAGAGUCCAUAUCCUGCUUCGUUGUUGGGGGAGAAAAGCGACUCUGCCUGCCCCAGGUGCUCAACUCUGUGCUCCGCGACUUCUCAUUGCAACAGAUCAACACUGUGUGCGACGAGCUCUAUGUCUACUGCUCACGCUGCGAUGCUGAGCAGCUGCACAUCCUCAAGGUGCUGGGCAUUCUGCCGUUCAACGCGCCGUCCUGUGGCCUCAUUACGCUGACGGAUGCACAACGGUUGUGCAACGCUCUGCUGCGCCCUGGGGCGGCCUUGCCUGCCGACCCCAGUGGUAAGCUGUCGGCCCAGGGCCUGCUGAAGGAGAGCGAAACCAGCUUCCAGGUGGAGCACCAGUGUCUGGGGAAGUGCCAGGGUCUCUUUGUGCCCCAGUUCUACACCCAACCUGAGGCGCCCUGCAUCCAGUGUGUUGAGUGUCAGUUGCUCUUUUCACCACAGAAGUUUGUCAUGCAUUCACACAAAUCACCUGAUAAGAGGACCUGCCACUGGGGCUUUGAUUCAGCCAAGUGGCCCUGCUACCUGCAGCUUGCCAGGAAGUACCAGGGCACGACUGAGGAACCCAAGCUCACGCAGCUCCUGGAUGAUGUCAAAGAGAAGUUCCACUACCAGCUCAAGAGGUCACUAGACAAAAAGGCGGCGGAUGAGGAGAGCCAGGUGAGGAAAUCCUCUGCGGACCUCUGCUCACCCAGUGGCAAGUUGGUUGAUGCUGACCCUGCCAGAAAGGUCAGUCGUCAGUUCUCCCCCUGCACCCAUCCAUCCAUCGCUCCAUCACCUCCUCCUGCUCCGGCGUCCCAUCCUCUAUCACUUCUCCCCCUCCUCUACACACAGGGGAAAACGUCUCCACCUACUUUGGUGUUCAACCGUCUUUUCUCGGAUAUCAAGGAGGAGCCAGGACACCCCACCCUGGUCCAUCCCAGUUACUACCUGUACACAUAUGAUAAGAUGGUGGCUCCCAACGUGUCUCUGCAGCGGGAGGCGGAGAUGAGCCCCGAGAUGCUCGGAGCGCUGCUCAAGUGCCACUACAGCCGCAGAGUGCUGGGCCAUGUCGAGCCACCCAUGGAUCUCCAUGCGUCACCUCCCGUUGCUGCUAGUGCUGAGGAGGCCAAAUCCCAACAUGCCGCUGCUUCCUCGGCCACUGAGCGGGAAUGCCAAACCCAGGCAGUUUCCAUGGAGACGAGCAGCCCGAGCUGCAAGAAAGCCGCCCACACCCCUCCUCCACCUCCCCCGCCUGCAUCGUUGUUGACGCCGGUAACGGAAGUAGCGGCAAGAGACACGAGCUCCGCCGCAAGUGGCGCUGCAGCGGCGGUGGGGGGGUUGGAGGACGACAAGGACAGGAUCGUCGUGGAGAUCAUGCAGAUGUACAGCAGGCAGCAGGAGAAGCUGAACUCCACCCUGCACAAGCAGCUGCAGCUGGAACUGGAGCUGGAGGCGUUGCGUGGGGGCGAGGCAGCAAGGUUACGGGAGCUGAGCGCCGAGCAGCGGGAGCUCCGCAGUGAGCUGGAGGCGGUGCACAGCGAGCAGGCGCGGCAACUAAACCAGGCCCGCCAGGAACAGCUGGAGCUGGAGACUCGUCUGGAGCAGCUGAGGCAGCAGGCAUGUGCAUGUGAAACUGGGGUACAGCGCCAGCAAGAGGCUCACUAUACAGCACAGUUGUCGGAGCUUCGUCAGCGGCUGGAGCGGGCGGAGGCGGACCGUCAGGAACUGCAGGAGGAGCUGCGCAGGGAGCGGGAGGCUCGGGAGAAGCUGGAGCACACCAUCGCCCAACUCAAGGAGCAGAUGGCUCGGUCUGCCGCGGUGGGAGGCAGUCCCUCUCCUCCUCUUACCCCUUCAACUGGACCCCCUAAUGCCCACUCCCCGCACUCCUCCUCCACCUCUCCCUGUAUCUCAGAGGCCCCAGCGUCUGGCCAGAAGUAACUGCCACUCCUCUGAGUGCCUCCCCUCGCAUCUCAUCUCCCUCAUUCCUAUCCCCAUCACCUACCGCCUCUACAGACAUAAACAAUUCAGCCUGAAGCAGAAUGGCGCCCCACAUCUUCCCAGGCUGCUUCUUUAUUUUAAUUUUUUUUUGUUAUAAGUUGUGGAUUUCACCCUCCCACUCUCUCUCUCUCUCUCUCUCUCUCUCUCUCUCUCUCUCUCUCUCUCUCUCUCUCUCUCUCUCUCUCUCUCUCUCUCUCUCUUAUUUCAGUUUAGGACUGACUUUUGUUUUUGUAAUUUACCAUCAGUUAAAAAAAAGGUUUUAUGGUUUGUGUGUGUGUGUUUUUUUUAAUUUUGAUUGUUAUUAUUAUUAUUAUUAUUAUUUCUUUUGUUCCCUCUGUCCUCUCUUUUAACAGUAUUUAAAUAUUUUUUGUGGCAUGUAUGAUUUUUAAUUUAUAGUUUUUACUGAAAAAAAAAACAGCUGCUUCACAGACGGGAGUUUGGCCGAGUAGAGACAAACCCCCCCCCCCCCCCCACAUUUCACCUCACCCCUUGUUGCUCAGUCUGGAUUCUGGAGAUUUCCAGACUUCAGCACGGACACGGUCACUUCGCGAUACUACCUGGCACAGCAGCCAGUGCCCACAGACACGUAACAGCACCUGGUUGUGUCUUCUCUCCAUCUUUCUGUACCUUCAGCCCAGGUGCUCAAGUACCAGCGAAUGCAGGAAACUGCAUAGACAUUUAAACAAAAUCUUUUUUUUCUUCUUUUUUUUUUUUUGCUUCCUAUAAAAUACAGAGAAAGAAAAAGUAUAACAUGUUAAGAUAUCACAUCUAUGUGGAGAACCUUUACUGUACAAAAAAAAAGAUUCUAAGAAGAUGUUGUAAGGAAAAUAUGCCAGUAGUGACAUUGAACUUGAGUGAAAUGACUGUUUUUGAGUGUGAGGCACACAAGGUAGAAAGUUAACAGACUGUUUGGCCUGGACUCCAGCUGCUCCGAACACAGACCAGCUUCCUCUUCACUCUGCCUGGCGGCACCUGGACUCUCAUGUUGUAGACCAAACAGUCUAUCGGUUGAUCCACCAGCUGCCCAGUGACUCCACAUACACAAACACACACACACCCCUUACUCCGCCCUCCUCCCUCCCAACAGAGACCUCACACCUUCCAUUGCUGUAAGCUGGGGCCGUUGCCCUCUGCUGGGAAACUCCUUAACACUGUGGUUUUCACCCGCUUUGGCCUAGACAGGAAACACUGUGCUCUUUUCAGGCUUGGCAUGAACAAGCUCAUGAGCAGUGUAAUGCACUUAAUGUGCUCUCCCCCUCCUCCAGAGUCUCCUGGGAAAGGAAUGCGUCUGGACACGGGGGCUGACCGAGCCCGGCCAAGCUUGUUCCUCAGAGAAGAGAAGAAAGGUGGCGUCUCGUAUGUGCAGGAGCUGCAGGAGCUGCACAUACAACAUUCUUACAUUCUUACAUGUGCGCACACUCUCGAGUGUGUCGGCGCCGUGCAGGGCAUUCAGGCAGAACAAUGGUCCCCAGCGUUCCCAGCAGAUGAUCAAAGCUCCAAUGGCUCCCUGUUUUCUGGGCUUCUCCUCCUUCUUUUUUGAAUCACUUGACUUCAUUGUUAGCAGACGGUUUCACAUCCACCCUGUUUGUCAGAGAAUGUGGGGCGCAGGUGAAAGCAGUUAGUCCGGGGUGCUUUUUUCUUCUGCCUGGCUGAACAAACAGCACCAGGCAGGGAGAGGAAGAGAGGGGAGGACCGAGGGGAGCACUCGGAGGGGAGGAAUGGUGCAUCCUUUCCCCCACAAGCAGACUGGGUGGCCUGGGCGCCAGGGGUACAGAGGGAGCCCUUUUUUUUUGUUUUGUGCCAUCAGAAUGGGGGCAGCUGUUGUCGUCUGGGGGCCUCUGCCCAUCCUCGGGUGAGACUGUACAGGAUACACCCCCCCCCCCCAUCUCUCCCACAGAACUGUCAUCACACACUCAAUCUCACUCACCCGUCCAUCCAUCUCCUGUGCCAGAUCAGCUGGGGGUGUGCAGUGUUUUGUAGAAACCCAGGAGAGUGAGCAGAGAUCCAGCCAGAAGAAGAGAGGACUUUUAUUGUGUCAGUUGCCAGGCAAAAGCGCUUUUUAUUGCUACUGAGGAGAUCCCUGUAUGUGUGUGUGUAUGUGUGUGCGCGCGUGUGUGUAAAUAAUUGUUCAAAAAGAGAAAGGGGAUCGGCCUCGGCUAAACGGCUGAGCUUUUUUAUGCAUCUGCUCUAAAUGCAAAUUGAUAGACAUUCCACUGUGCUCCAUCCUGUUCGAUGCAGAUUUUCUUACACAGCUUCCCUUUACAAUAACAGACGUUAAAGACGGGGCAGGGUGCAGUCGUGGUUUGUUGAUGGUCACAAAUGCAAGUGCAGGUGCAAACCAGUGAAAUCAAAGCCCGUGCCACAAAUGUACACUCUACUCUUGUUCCAUUUAAACCUUUAUUGAAACUAUGAAAGAAAAAAAUAUUUAACGUAUUAACUAAAGAUUUAUAUUCACUUUGUAAAUACAGUAGUCAUUAAUAUAUUAACUGUUCUUAUAUGAAUAAUCUUCAAAAGGUUAUAAAAAUUGGACCAGAUCUAAGGCUUUCACGCGGCCAAAAUGUUUUUGCUUUUUUUUUUAUUUCCUUAUGUCGAGUGAUCUUUACAGACGUCGGGAUUCGACGUGUUUGUCGAGCGGAUGUUAGGGAGUGAAAUGCAUGGUUUACUGAGACACGGUGACGCAGGACAAACGGCAGAAUAGGAAAAAUAAUACUUUGUCUCACACGUUCUCCCCACUUUUCUGAGCUGAUGCGUUUGUUUCGCUUUGUUUGUGUAACUUCUCCUGUUACCCAUCAUCCUCUCUGCUAAAUUGAAAAAAAAAUAUUUGUUUAAGAAAAUGCAUUUUGGAAGAAGGAAAAAAUGAAAAAGAUUCCUCUUUUUUUUUUUUUGCAUGUUUGCUGCCCCUUAUGUUAAGUGUCACCGGGCCACUCUACCAAUCAGUUUAUUGUGAAGAAGAACCCCCCCCCCCCCCAUGUAACACACAAACUAUAGGGAUGGCUCCUAUGCAUGAACAUUGAAUAUGUGCAAGUUUGUCAUUAUUGAUUCAGAAGCUAGAUAGUAUAAGCCACAUGUAGCUGAAUUUGGUUGGGAAAUGAUGUGUGUGUGUGUGUGUAAGAGAGAGAGAGCUAUGAUGCGAGUGUGUGUGUGUGUGUGAGUGAGUGUUUUGAAUUUCCACGUCUGACUGACACACGGCAGCUUCGAAAAAGGGAAGGAGGAGAAAGAAAAGAAAAGUGCUCUUGUAGCUCUUCGUGUGUAGUUGUUUUCUGAUUGAUAAUCAGUGUUAAUCUCUAUCGAUGACCUCUUCAUCAGAACAACGACAACAACAAAAGACAUUUGAAUUUAUCACAAUAGCAAAUUCACUUCAUAUGAUUAUUAUGAUUUUCUGUGUGCUUAAAAUGUAAACACAUGGGGGCGAUGUUUAGCAUCUUUAAUUGAACACACUAAUGGAAAAAAAGAAAAGAAGUAAAUGAUAGUUGUAACAUGGUGUGCUGGGCCUUUUUUUUCUCUUUUUUCUUAAAUAUAUAUAUUUUUUUGCAGUGUUAUGAGAGCGUGGACAUUUGACAGGUGCAUUCAAAUACAGGAGUUACAGAGUGAAGAGAACUAAUCCAAGGUGACCUUUGAGUUAAGUUGAGGGGUGUGGGCGAGGGCGAGGGCAUAGGUGAUGACACUAUGCUGGUGUGAGAGUUGAUGAGAAUAUUACCGUUUCAUUUCGAUUGAUUUAAAAAAAAAAGAAAGAUUAAAAAAAAAGAAGUAAAUAUUUAUGGCUUUGCUGAUAAGAACCCCUUCUCCCCCCCCACGAUGCUGUUGAGAAACAUGAAAUGCAGUGUCUGUGUAUGACCGUUGCAUACUACGUUGCCAAUACUACAGUGUGAUGAGACUUUUGUUCUUGCAUGAAUCGAGACACUGUUCUCCUACCUCAUGUUGUGAUAUAAAAAAAAGAAAAAGAUGUUUUUUAAGCAGAAGACACUGCAUCUCUAACUGUUUAUCAUCAUUGAUAUUUACUAGUAAAUGACAUACCUGUAAAUGCUUUUAGCUAAUACCUCAGUUGUAUCUAGUGUUUAUUUUUGGGUUCUGUUUUUUUUCUUUCUUUUCUUUUCUUUUUUGUUGCUCUUCCCUGAUUUCUGAUCCUGUAAAUAUGCCCUGUAUAGACAAUGAACUUGGAUCAAAUUCAAGUAAAGUUCUGUAGUGUCAAACCA